AGUUCUUGGAGGGGCCUGGCGGUAACCUUGGGGUCUUUGCCGCUGCCGCCGCUGCCGCCGCUGCCGCCGGAGUGGGCUUUGCGAGUCAGCGCCCCAGCCGGGCCAGACCUGUUAGGUGCCAGGAGCCGCCGGGGUUGCGCAGGAGUUCGCCGAGGAUCGCGGUGAGCGGGAACCGCGGGCGCAGGGCCGCCCAGCCGACAUGUCUCUAGUGGCAGAAGCCUUCGUCUCCCAGAUCGCAGCUGCAGAACCUUGGCCUGAAAAUGCUACAUUAUAUCAGCAACUGAAAGGGGAGCAAAUUUUGCUUUCUGACAAUGCAGCUUCUCUUGCUGUGCAGGCCUUUUUGCAGAUGUGUAAUCUGCCUGUCAAAGUGGUUUGCAGGGCAAAUGCAGAAUAUAUGUCUCCAUCUGGUAAAGUACCUUUUAUUCAUGUAGGAAAUCAAGUAGUAUCAGAACUUGGUCCAAUAGUCCAAUUCGUUAAAGCCAAGGGCCAUUCUCUUAGUGAUGGGCUGGAUGAAGUCCAAAAGGCAGAAAUGAAAGCCUACAUGGAAUUAGUCAACAAUAUGCUGUUGACUGCAGAGUUGUAUCUUCAGUGGUGUGAUGAAGCUACAGUAGGGGAGAUCACUCAUGCUAGGUAUGGAUCUCCUUACCCUUGGCCUCUGAAUCAUAUUUUGGCCUAUCAGAAACAGUGGGAAGUCAAACGUAAGAUGAAAGCUAUUGGAUGGGGUAACAAGACUCUGGACCAGGUCUUAGAAGAUGUAGACCAGUGCUGUCAAGCUCUUUCUCAGAGACUGGGGACACAGCCAUAUUUCUUCAAUAAGCAGCCAACUGAACUAGAUGCGCUGGUAUUUGGCCAUCUGUACACCAUUCUUACCACGCAGCUGACCAAUGAUGAACUUUCUGAGAAGGUGAAAAACUAUAGCAACCUCCUUGCUUUCUGUAGAAGAAUUGAACAACACUAUUUUGAAGAUCGUGGUAAAGGCAGCUCAUCUAUCAGAUUGCCUUAGUGUUAUGUGUUAAUUUAGUUAUUAUUUUUAAAAAGUUUAACUUUCGAAAUAUAUAAAUAUAUGUUACUUGAAUGAUAUAAUAGAUAGUGGUAUCAAAAUUUUAAAACCAAAAACACUGCUUUUCAAAACCUUAAAACCAAAACAAAUUAUAUAAUGUAUCAUAUACAUGUGCUUUAUACUGUUAUUUGUGUACACAUUGAAAUAAUUUUGAAUGACUUCAUUUGAAAUGGCAUUUGAAAUGUAGCAUUCUAUAUUUUGAAAUUUUUGUUUUCUUGACACAUAUAUGCUUAUAAAAAUAAAGCUCAAACCACUGUAUGGCUGGUGUUUUUACUUUCUUCCCAUCUUUCUGAAAGCCACUCUCUGAGCUUUAUAUAUGGAAUAAACAGUGUCUUUUCUAAGGCUAUACUUUGUGUUCCAUACUCCCAAGAUUACUUUGCUAGAUACACGGUGAGCCCAGUCAUGGGAAAAAUGUUCUUAACAAUAUGUGCUUAGAAAAUGCAAAUGAUUAUAAAGUGAGUAACUUCUGGAACAGGUUACCAUUUAAGAGCAUUUUUUAUAUCUAAACUUUAUUGAACUUAAAAACAUUUUAACAGAACAGCUAUAAUUUGAUGAAGGGAUAGUUUCAAGGAACUUUUUUUCUGAAACUUCUUUUUUGAGACAGAAUAUUUUAAUAAUACUGUUUUAUUGCUUUUGUGGGGAAGUGAGGAUAGUUUUCACAGAAGUAUCAACAAAAAUUUAUAUAUAAGCACUAAGGGUUAUAUGCUAUAUUUUGCCAAUUUAUCUAAUAUUUUACAUAAAGCCAGGGAUGCUAUGAAACAAUUAGAUGUAAAAAUCAUUUCUUGAAAAUGUCUAGAGUAGUCGUAUUUUAUGUUUUCUCUUUAUGCCCCAGAUAUUUUAACUCAUUUAAUCCUUACAAAAACUAUGAAGGUUACUAUUCCCAGUUCACAGGAGAGGAAAUGGAGACAAAAAGAAGGGUAAUAUGUUGCCCAAGGUCAUAGAGUUAGUAAGUGGCUGAGUGGAAAUUCAAACCCAGGCGGUCUGGCAUCUGUUUGGCUUUUAAAGAGGUCUACAAGUUUUUUUAAGAUUAUAGAUUUAUACCUCAUAAGGGAUGUAUUAGGUUCUCCUUAGCCUAAAUUCCACAUAAACUUUGGGUCUCUUUUGACUGUACUGCUAUUUAUUACAGCUUUCCUGAACUAAUUUUGUAAUGUGUAUUAUUAUUAAAAUAAAAAAUCCCAAGUUACUUGUGUUUUUGCACAAUUUUUAUGACAGUUUUUUUGUAUAUAUUUUUGUAUAUUUGUUUUAUUCUGAAUGAUAAUUUUUUCUUUUAAUAAUCCCAUAAUAUUAAUUUCAUUGAACAAAUACCUUUUGUACUCAGUAUAUAAAAUCUAGACUUUUUUCGUUGAGUUUUUUGUAAUAAAGAUAUUACAACAUGGUCUAUGAUAUUUUAGUCAUCACAACUGGCUGUGUUAUUUUAAUAUGAGGAACAUUGAUAGACAAUCGUUGUUUAUUCCAAGUUGAGAUAUUUACUCUUAAGACUUACUUUGGAUCCCUCUGAGAGAGGUCUUGUUUCUUUCUGGUGUUGAGUGAAUCACCAUCAAAAUAGAAUGCAUUAGAAAUAAAAAACUUGACAUUCAGUUAUGGUGAUUUAAUUACCUGCUUUUGUCUUUUAAAUUUGGGUCCAUCAAGCCAAGUAACAGAAGCUAAAAAUUAUCACUGAAAGCUAGUUUGCAGACCAAAGAGUUAAAGGCUUUGCUGCCAAAAUAGUUAGGUGUGUACUGAUUUUUAAAGUAAGUAGCAUGAUCUGUGAUUUAAAGUCAUUAAGUAGUAAGAAACUUUAAAUCAAGAUAGAUACAGUCUAUCCUGUCAUUUGAUGACUUCUGAAUGAUGUGCAUUAUUGGGUUUAAUGUAACUACAGUCAUCCAGGACCUCCCACAGAUACCAAAAUCUUUGGAUGCUUAAAUCCCUCGUAUAAAAUGCAUAGUAUUUGCGAUAACCCAUACACAUUCUCCCGUAUACUUCAAUCAUUUCUAGAUUACUUAUAAUACCUAAUACAAUGUAAAUGAUAUGUAAAUAUUUAUAAAUACAAUGUAAAUACUGUGUAAAUAAGUUGUUGGUAUGAAGCAAAUUAAAGUUUUGCUUUUUGGAA